GUAUAUGAAACUUGACAAAAUAUCUCACGAACCUUCAAUUCAAAAACAGGAAGGGACUCGGGCCGUCGCUGGAAGGUGGCCCGACAUGUUUUCCCACAUGAGUGAACAAUGGCUGCUGCUCCUUAUCUUACUGGUGUCGACUGCAUUCGUCUUCACGACGAACGUGAUCCUUCGGAAAGAGACGGGAAUUCCUGGACCUCGUGGAUGGCCAGUGAUUGGACACCUUCCGCUUCUGCACCGCAAAAAGAUUGUCCAUCAAACUCUGAUGAAUCUCGCCCAGAAAUAUGGACCUCUGUAUGAAUUGAGGUUAGGAAUGCUAAAGGUUUUGGUUAUAUCGUCUCCAGACCUGGCCAAGGAGAUUCUCAAAAUUCAGGAUGCAUCGUUUGCAGAUCGUCCUUUCACAAUCAUUGGAGAGCUGAUCGGCUACCAACGAAAAGACAUUAUAUUUUCACCAACUGAUGAUCACUGGCGUUUUAUGAGGAAACUUGGCUCCGAGUUCAUGUCUUCAAAGGCCAUCCAAAAGCAACAGCAUCAUGCCAUUUUUUUUUCACCGAUAGUCUUAGGUUCCAAAGGAAUAGAAUUACGUGAAGAAUUACUCGACAUGAUGCUCACCCUCAUACCCCAAAUGCUGCUCGGGAAAAGUCUAAUUACAGGGAAGUCAGUGGCAAAGUCAAUUGAAUCCAAUGGUAUGAAGAAGCUCACACAAGUCUUCAAAGAUCUGGCUAAAUCCGACCUCUUUGUGCUGGGUGACUGCUUUCCGUUCUUGAGGUGGCUGGACGUGGGAGGCGCCGAAGCCAGACUUGUGAAAUUGCAUCGCGAGUUGGAUAACAUUCUCUCGGAUGCCAUGAAUGCGCUUCGUCGCGAAGCUCCACAUGCUGCUUCUGGACCCAUGCUUGAUGCAAACUUUGUUGAUUUGUUGAUAGCUGGUAUAGACUCUACAUCAAUCACCAUUGAGUUUGGGAUGGCUGAAUUGAUGAGGAAUCCAGACGUCAAGGAGAAGCUUGUCAAGGAGCUGGACGAACUUGUGGGCAGAGAGAGAUUGGUGGAGGAGUCAGACCUUGUCAACCUCAAGUACCUGAAGAUGGUGAUCAAGGAGACUUUCCGUCUUCAUCCACCGGUGCCAGUUCUGUUACCUCGCAAGUCCAUGGAGCCUGCGACUGUGGCUGGAUAUAAAGUUCCAAAGAACUUGCAGGUUUUAAUCAACUCAGACGCCAUUCAACGAAGCCCAGAAUCGUGGGACGAUCCGACCAGUUUCAGGCCGGAGAGGUUUGCGAACAAUCCCGUCGACGUGAAGGGCCAAGACUUCUGCCUCCUGCCUUUCGGAGCCGGUCGAAGGCAGUGUCCAGGCAUGGGAAUUGGUGGGCUCAUGGUGGAGAUCACUCUGGCGACAUUCUUGCAAAUUCUCGAGUUCUCUCUUCCUGCAGGAUUGAAACCAGAAGAUGUGGACAUGACUGCGGAAGCUGCAAUGACAUCUGCUCUGGUUUCUCCGCUCCUCGUUUCAGUGAAACCACGAUUAUCCCCGAAGCUGUGCAGCAUGCGAACUUCAGGUAGGACCUUUCAGAGAUCCUACGUCCUUACCUGGAACAUUAUUCAGGUAGAAACAGGAUUUGGCGACAAAAUAUAAAACCUUCGAACAAUAUGUCCCAGCUCAACCUUUGAGGUGUUAGAAAUUCCACCUCAUAAUG